CACGUGACCGGACAGGUCAGAUUCACAUGACUCAAAAUGGCGGACGGGGAAGAAGAACGCUCGCCUCUGCUCGGCGGAGAGAAAAGUCCCGAACAGCCGCCUCUCUCCCCGCCUGGAUACCCUUCCUCAGGCAUUCCAUCGUCUAUCCCUGGCGGGCCAGUCCCUCCCAUCUUGCCGGAUGAGCAGCCCCCACCCUACACUCCCACGCCAGACGGAGGCAUUCCAACCAUCAACUGCAGGGUCUGCCAGGCCCCCGUGUCACUGGAGGGCAAACUGCACCAGCAUGUCGUAAAAUGUACCAGCUGUAACGAGGCAACUCCCAUCAAAACAGCGCCCCCUGGCAAGAAGUAUGUGCGCUGCCCCUGCAACUGUCUCCUCAUCUGUAAGAGCACCUCCCGGAAGAUUGCUUGCCCAAGACCAAACUGUAAGAGGAUCAUCAGCCUUGAUGGUGGAGGUGGUGCCAUCCCUCCUCCCAUCCCUGCAUCAGGAGGGACCAGAGUUAUCUGUGGACACUGCAGUAUGACCUUCAUGUUUACAUCCACAACAAAUGCCCUAUCAAGGUGUCCCCAUUGCAGAAAAGUGUCGUCUGUCGGAAGCAGUUAUGCCAGAAGGAAGUGCACCAUCUGUGUCGUCCUGGGCAUGAUCUUCAUCUUAGCAGGAAUCGGGGUCACGGUGGGGACCUAUGAGCUGGCAAGACAACAAGGAGGGAUCUACUUUGCAUGGGUUGGUGCGUUCAUCAUCGGGAUCCUGUUCCUGAUCCGGGCGUGUUACUACGGCACUCUGAAGGUCAGCUACAUCCAGAACUCCCCCUGAGCCAACAUGGACCAGUCCACCGCAGAACACCUCCAGUGUUACAAGAUGACAACAGGAGUUGGACCGCACCACCAAGAGCAUUACGAGGGGGGGGCAGAUGAAUAAAAUAUACCGGCCAAGAAAUGCAGAAGUCAUAGUUGUGUAACAGUUAACUGCUCUUUUAAUCAUAUUUGUACCCAAACUGGUGUAGAAUUUGAUCAGACAAUAAGACCACAGUCUAUGCUUUUUCUAAGACCUCAUCAUAUGACUUAUCACUGUAUGACUGUCUCAUAUGUAUUAUAUAUGUAUAUUGCUAUGGACCACAUUGUCUAAAUGAGGUAUGUAAAAAUGCUAUUAAUUGACCUGAGCAUGAUAACAGCGGGUAACUUGAACUCUUCAUUUGCAUGGUUCUUUUUAAUUAAAGUUGAUUAUUUGC